AUGGUCAAGCUCCUGUGCGCAGUGCUGCACUCCCUCCUGAGCUGCCUCAUCCUCCCAGCCAACCUGCUGGUGAUGGUGGCCGUCUGCCAGCUGAUGAGGAGGCAGCCAAGCACCAGCUAUGCCUACAUACUCAACCUGGCCACUGCCGACCUGCUGGUGGGCGUGAUGUGCAUCCCCGAGGCGCUGGACGACAUCCUUGACGGGGGCUUUAGCCACAACAAGUCCUUCUGCCUGCUGCACGUGGCCGUGAGCAUGACACCUUGCAUCGGCUCCAUCCUGACCCUGCUCCUCAUCUCCCUGGACAGGUACCUGGCGGUGACGCUGCCGCUCUCCUAUCCCACCCUCCUGAGCAGAACACCCCUGGUCCUCUCCCUGGUUGUCCUCUGGAUGAUCUCCCUCCUUUUUGGGCACCUGCCCCUGAUCCUGCCCUCCCUCCAGCAAGGCAACUACACGGGUUACUGCGGGCUCCUGUACGUGGCCAAGAGCGAGUACCUCUACACUCUCUGCUUCGGCGUCUUCGCCCCGUCCCUGCUGGUGCUGGUGGGCCUGCACGCCUGGGUGGGCCGCGUCGCCUGCCGGCAGCACGCGCGGCUCCGGCACAUCUGCGCCCGCCGGCCGCACCUCAAGGCGCUGCGGACCGUGCUGCUCAUCCUGGUUGGCUUCAGCCUCUCCUGGGGCCCCUACCUGGUGGGGGGCAUCGUGCAGGCUGCCUGCAGCUCCUGCAGCCUGGCCGGCCCACUCAAGGAUGCCUUGUUCCUGUUGGGUGAGACCAACUCACUCAUCAACCCCCUCAUCUACGCCCUGUACAGCAAAGACAUCCGGAGCCACCUUGCAAAGCUGCUCAGCCUCUCCUGGGGCCCCUACCUGGUGGGGGGCAUCGUGCAGGCUGCCUGCAGCUCCUGCAGCCUGGCCGGCCCACUCAAGGAUGCCUUGUUCCUGUUGGGUGAGACCAACUCACUCAUCAACCCCCUCAUCUACGCCCUGUACAGCAAAGACAUCCGGAGCCACCUUGCAAAGCUGCUCAGCUGUGUCUGGUACCUGCAGCAGGCCCAGCUGCUGGCCUGA